CAGACAAGAAGACGCUUUACAUUCCACUAUGAGAAAAUUGUUCUGUGAUAUCCAUUUCUGCACAAGUCAUGACUCCAGCAAGAAGUCCGCACACAGCGAUUAGCAGUACGCUUGGCUUUCUGCUCCUGAUUGGGUUCUCUGUUCCAACCAGUCCUGCAGAUUCCACAUCAUACAGUCCAGAUCUGUUUGCUCUAGAAAGUGGAGAGAACCAUUUGUGCAUAUCAGUAAACGAAAACAGCAUUUUUCUGACAAGCUGCGAGCCCUUUAAUGAUGACAUGCUAUGGAAAUGGGGUACAGGACACAGGCUGUACAACCUUGGAAGCAGGAAGUGCCUUGGACUGGACCUCCAAUACCCUAAAGAGCCCCUUGCUCUGAUUGAAUGUGAUUCCAACCAGCGCACACUGAGCUGGCAGUGCCUUGGUGGUCUUUUGAUUGGUAACGACAAUUACAAGCUUGCUGCUGUCGGAGAAAAAGUGGUUGCCAGUGAAGAAUUAUCUCAUAAAUGGAGACCUUACAGAUCAUUUGAUGAUAAUUUAUGUGACUACAAUUUCAAAGAAAUCUUUACUCUUAAAGGGAAUUCCAGAGGAAAGUCUUGUGUAUUUCCAUUUAAAUACCAAAACAGCUCAUUCCAUGAAUGUACUACGAGCGGAAGAUCUGAUGGAAUGCCAUGGUGUGCCACCACCAUAUCCUAUGACAAGAACAAAAAAUGGGGAUACUGCCCCAUGUCUGAUGACGGCUGUGGUUUGUUAUGGGAGGAAAACAAUGUCACAAAUACUUGCUACCAGUUCAAUCUCGAGUCUUCUCUCUCCUGGAAUGAAGCCCGAGAAUCUUGUCAAGCACAAGGUGGAGAUCUACUAAGCAUCACAAAUCUUGCUGAACAUGAGUAUAUUUCCAAUAGAUUGGCUGAUACGGGAGUUGUGUUGUGGACUGGGCUCAAUCAGUUGGAUACCACUUCUGGGUGGCAGUGGUCAGAUGGCUCCCCCUUCGCCUUUGUCAACUGGAGAUCAAAUUUCAAAUUCUAUCUGACUGGGCAGAAACAUUGCGGAGUCCAUGACACUGCAGCAAACAACACCUGGUACAGCUUAGUUGGGGCAGCCAAACUGCCAUAUGCUUGUAAGAAGUACCUUACUCCAGGACAGCAUGAUAACUUUGAAAAUUGGAAAUACUACUCAACGGUGUGUGAAGAUCAGUGGCUACCUUACAACCGCUACUGCUAUAGGCUGCAGAAAGAGAAGCUAAACUGGUUCCAAGCGUCUGCUGCUUGUGCCACCAAUGGAGGGGAAUUAAUGCAAGUCAACUCACUGGCACACACUGAGUUUCUGAUGCAUCUUCUUCAACGUGAGAAAGUGACGGAAGCCUGGAUAGGAAUGACCAGCAAACGUAAGGACCCUGUAAUCUUUCAAUGGUCAGAUGGCUCAGCGGUGACCUUCACCAGUUGGCAGAGGCAGGAACCCAACAUCAGCCAAGAGGACAAUGACCUGUGUGUGUCCACACAAACAUCUGACGGAAACUGGAAAGUAAAACCUUGCACCAUAGAACGUUUCUCCAUUUGUAUGAAGCCUGCACUAAACUUUUCCACGGAUGAUGCCGACAAGACCUGUGAAGAGCCCUUCGAGAGGCACAGAGGUUACUGCUAUGGAAUUAACGUCCUAAAACUAGCUUAUGAAGAUGCUUCAGGAGAUCCCUACUGCCCUCUAGCGAUCAUCAACGACAGGUUUGAACAGGCUUUUGUCAACAGCUUCAUAUUCAGCAGAAUAAUAUCUGGGGAUUAUAACUUUUGGAUUGCUUUGCAAGAUGUCAAUGGCACUGGAGAGUAUGCUUGGACAGCAAAGAGCGCAAGGCAGCAACACUUGUCCUUCACAAACUGGAAUGUUGGCCAACCCAGUCGCAAUGGAGGGUGUGUCAUUGUGACCAGACCACAUCUUGGACACUGGGAAGUGAAGGACUGUAAUAGCUUCCAUGCGAUGUCACUGUGUAAGACGCCACUAACGGCUGACAUGGAGGAAGAAUGGACUACACCCACAAUAGAUAAGGACCAGGAAUGCCCUCCAUUAUGGGACUCAGAAGCACACCUGGAGCACUGCUAUAAGGUCUUCCACCAUGAGAAAAUGCUGAGAAAGAGGACUUGGCGGGAAGCAGAGAACUUGUGUCAGGAUUUUGGUGCCCAUCUUGUCAGCUUUGCCCAUUUAUCUGAAGAGAAGUUUGUUACAGAGCUUUUAAGCAGCAUGUUUAAUCAAGAUGAUCGUCGACAAUUCUGGAUUGGAUUUAGCAACAGUAAUCCAUCUUCUGAAGGGUCUUGGGAGUGGUCAGAUGGAACUCCGGUUGUAUCUGCAUAUUGGCCAAAUAUAUACGUUAGUGGAGACUCUGUGAGCUGCGCCGCGUUCAGAGCAAAUAAGACGGUUCUUUCAGUAGAUUGUGAAGAAAAACUGGAGUGGGUAUGCAAAAUUCCGAAAGGGGUCACACUAAAGUUUCCAGACUGGCAUAUUAAGGAAAUUCCAUUUGUUUUUUAUCAAGGAAAAAGUUACUUUUUCCAUGAAGUAAAUGCCGACUUUGCCAUCUUUGAGUUUGUAUGUGGCUGGAUGCGAGGUUACAUAGCCUCCAUACAUUCUGAGGCUGAACAAGAAUUCAUUCACAGAACGAUAAAAAAGAUGUCAAAAAAGAAUGAAAAAUGGUGGAUUGGCCUUGCAUAUGAAAACCCCCGUGAUGGCUUCCGAAGAUGGAAGGUCGGGUCACCUGUUAUCUACAGUAACUGGGAAAAGGAGCCAGAAAGCAACAAUUUAUCCAUAACAGGACAGCAAUGUGCCUAUAUCAUGGCAGACACAGGGCUCUGGGGGUUUACAGACUGUUUUGCUAUGAAUCCGGGAAUCUGUAAAACAAGUUUAAUGCUCAAAAUAGAAAAAGAUAUAAUCCCCAAGGAGGAUGACAAGCAGAAACAUGGAACCUGCCCUGUGGAUUGGCUGUACAAUGGAUAUAAGAUGUCAAAAAAGAAUGAAAAAUGGUGGAUUGGCCUUGCAUAUGAAAACCCCCGUGAUGGCUUCCGAAGAUGGAAGGUCGGGUCACCUGUUAUCUACAGUAACUGGGAAAAGGAGCCAGAAAGCAACAAUUUAUCCAUAACAGGACAGCAAUGUGCCUAUAUCAUGGCAGACACAGGGCUCUGGGGGUUUACAGACUGUUUUGCUAUGAAUCCGGGAAUCUGUAAAACAAGUUUAAUGCUCAAAAUAGAAAAAGAUAUAAUCCCCAAGGAGGAUGACAAGCAGAAACAUGGAACCUGCCCUGUGGAUUGGCUGUACAAUGGAUAUAAGUGUUACUUUGUACACAAAAAUGAAGAUGGACAAAAAGUGAAUUGGCAAUCUGCUGCUAACAAUUGCAAGGAACAUGGUGGUUACCUGUCUACCAUUUCAAAUCAUCUAGAACAAGCAUUUAUAGUUAUGCAGCUGUUUAAACAGAAGAACAGUUUUUGGAUUGGACUCAGCAGAGAUGAUUAUGAUGUUUGGGAAAAUGGCACUUCAGACACAUACACAAAUUGGUUUCCAAUCAAAACAAACCACAGCUCAGAAGACAUUCAGGAUCACCAAUGUGCUGCAAUAUCUGCCAACCACAAUGUUUUUCCUGUAGGGAAAUGGCAUCUUGAAAACUGUGGUCACGAAGGCUAUGGAUUCAUUUGUGAGCGAAUGCAAGAUGUUUCGGGUCACACUGCAAAUGGUUCUGACGUGUUCCCAAUACCUGAAGUAUUGCCCUAUGGAGAUAAAUUGUACAGAGUAAUAUCUGGAAACAUGACCUGGUAUGAUGCCUCCUUUGUUUGCAAGGGAUAUGGGGCUGAUUUAGUUACCAUUACUGAUGAAUAUCACCAAGCCUUCGCAACUGUCAUUGUCCACCGCAAAGGAUAUUCCAACUGGAUUGGACUUUAUAAAGAAAUGGGAGGCAAAGAUUUUGAAUGGAUAGAUGGUUCUAUGUCGUGGUUUACAUCAUGGGCAGAUGAGUCUCCAUCACAAGAUGGUAACUGUGCAUAUAUUGACACUGCCGGACACUGGAGAGCUAUGGACUGUAAUAUGGAACUGCAGGGUGCAAUAUGUCUUGUCAGCACAGAAAACAGAACCACAGAAUUUAUUGGCAGCUGUACAGAAGAUUGGAUACAGUUCCAAGAAGUUUGCUACACUUUUGCAGCUGUUUUAAACAACACAGAUUACCACACUGCGGAGGGGAUUUGCCAGAAACAAGAUUCUAGAAUCCUGAGUGUAAUGCAUGAAGAGGAAGAUAUAUUUCUUCAGAGACUUCUCAGUUCCUUUACCGUACAAGACAUCUGGUUAAACAGAAUAGUGUCUAGCAAUGACGGCACACAGACUUGGUUAGAUGGCACAGCUUUAAACUACACAAAUUGGAAUAACGAAUUAUCACAAUACAAAGACUUGACUGGCGAUAUGUGUGUCACACUUUUGACGGUUGAUGGUACUUGGGUACCGACAGAGUGCACUGAGAGAAGAGGAUUUAUAUGCAAGAAAGACGCAAGUAUCAAAACAUUGGAAGAUGAUCUCACAGCAUCACGAACAAGUCAUGCCGUGGUUCCGAUUGCUGUGAUGGUGACACUUGUGCUGUUGGGUUUCUUCAUACUUGCAUUGUAUCUGUUCAAAAAGAACCAAUGCCAUACAGACGCCGGCUUCCAGGACUUGACCUGCAUGCAGUCUGGAGCAGAGGGAAGUAACGUGGAAGAAUGUAUUUUGAUUACGGAUCUGGAGGACGAGGGAAACAGAUAGCUUUGUUUGGUUAUGAUGAAAGCAAGAGCAAAGGGAUCAUUGUGUGCUUGAAGAUUUGUUACAAUGUGGCCUUGGAAUGUUGUGCUCUG